UGCUUGAUUAAUGCAGUAAAAUGAGACCUGCAACAGAAUCCGGACGUUCUAAGCGUUGCGACGUUGAAAAGGCGAUCUGAAUAGGCGUUGCGGCUUACGUAAAUCCCGAAUAGGGGGCAAAACAAAGUUUUUCCGCCGCAAAUUUUCAUCUACGGUCGCGAAAAUUUUCAAUUUACGAACGCGAGCGCGCAUUUCUGUGAUGGCGGGAUCGUGAAUCAAUCGUCAUCCAACUUGAACAGUGUAAAUUACAUUUUUUGUACGUUCUUUUGCUGGCAAUCGCACAUCGUCAUAUAACUCUUUUUACUUACUUAUUACGACACAUCGACAAAAGCAGUGAGUGACAUCAGAAUGACUUGAUGACAUAUCGAUAUUACUUCGAGGAUGGAUUACUUGGAGCAAGCGCCUAAAACAGCAUAUACCUUCCUAUAGAGUAAGUGGAGAGGGCGUCGGGACGCUAUUUCCGAACGCUCCGAGCCUUCUACGGAUAACCGCUCGUAUACGAAUUCUACGGCGCCGCUACACAACGUAUUGCGACUAAGAGCCAAAAAUUACCUCGAAUUCGUUGUCCAUACAUUUCCAAAAGCUCGUUCCAAACCUUAUCCGCGUUCUGUCGUAGUGUCCCAUCAUCAUGUGCCAAUCAAAGUAACCCAACUGUGACCAAAAGGUGUUGGUGAUGGUGUUUCGUGAAUAUACCAAAUGAUAAAGAAAGAUGCAGUCCGAGGAACAACAGGAAGUAAGCUUCAAAGCGGAAACAACAGGCAUGACUUUCUCUGACACUUCUAUAGAUAAACUAAUAUUAAGCGGAGCAUCUAUUGAAGAGUUAAAAGGCUCUCCUUCUGGACAACAUAAAUUGAACGGUUUAGGGACGGAAGUCGAGAAGAUGGUGCCUGAUUCGCCACCGUCCACAGAUACAGACGAGGAGAAAGCCCAAGAGCCGAACGAGUCCAUCCAAUCUUGGUUACAGAGGAUUACCCUGAUGCAAAACGAAAUCCAGAAGAAGUUGCACGUCAACCAGGCGUCGGAGCAGCAUUCCAAACCAGCCAACACGCCUCCAAAUGCCAGCAGGAUAGUGAAGUACCAGGAUCUGCCCUACAUGGGUGAAAUGACUUUAGAUAAUUCCAAACCGAGAAGAGGGAGGAAGCCUAAAAAGGCCGAUAUUUGCCAUUUGAUUUACAAGAAUUAUGGCACUAUAUUUCCAGGAACACCGAACGCCAAGAGCAUUAUUAAUAAAGAUCCGGUGAAAAAGAUAGAGCCGAAGCUCCCCGAAACUGUCACAGACAAUUUCAACAGGAGCGAUGUACAAAAUCGAAUUAUAAGCAGUUUACUAGAAAAAAGACUGACCCAAGAAUCUAAGCGACAAAAGGAAGUUUUAGCCACUAAGAAAAAAGCCCUUCAUCAGAAUGAACCACUUAAUCUGUGUAUCCGCGAUAUGGAUCAAUUGAAUAUACGGUUAUUAGAUAAGCCUGAUAUUAUUGAAGUUAAGUCUGAGCCCCAAAGCGACGACGACGUUGAAUUUGUGCACGAAACUCCAUCACCUGCCUCGAUUAAAGACUUUAAAUUUCCGGAUCCAUCGCACCCACCUGUUCUCUCACCGGACUCCAUAAAAUUACCUGAAAAUGGUCCCGUUUAUUGGCCGAACGCUAGUAUUUUUAUACAUCCAAUGGCACUUCAACAACAACUUCUAUAUUACCAAAAAAUGGCAGCCAAUAAUAAUAACAGCAACAACAACAACAAUAACAAUCAAACGCCUCCACAAGAAGCCCAACACUUUCGAAAAAUAGUUCCAAAAACAAAACCCAGAAAAUCGGAGACCAGCGAAGACGAGGAAAAACCGGAGACGAAAACGAAACGUAAUGCCACCAGUACUGAUAAGACACCAGCGAAGAGAAAGCGAAGUGCGAUAUUUAUUCCACCAAUUCCAACGGAAAAUCCCAAUAAUCCAGCUACAGAAGUGUCUAUAUGCAAAUUUAAAUUUACAGGUGGCGCGAAGCCUAGCUUACAGGAGAAAAAGAUGCUUUCAGUGGAUUCUGGUGGUAAUUUCUGUUACUACAGUGGAACAGGCGAUAAAAGUAUGCGCGGCUACGAAUUCUUCCCGAGAGAAACUCUGCAGCAACGAAUAAACAACGCUCAAUGUUCUAGCACAGGCGCUUUCCUUCAAGCGAGCGGCGAGAAAAUAUAUCCCACAUCGCCAACCGAAUUUGCGGGAAAAGAAUUCAUGAUGAAUCCGGAAAUUCAGCAGCCCACGCCUUCCAUCUCUUCGGAAACCACGCCCAGGACAAAGAAAAGAAAGUCACGAAAAUCAUUGCAACGCGAAAAGCUAGAACAGACUUUCAAGGAGAAAGGAUUCUUGAUUCAAACUCAGCAACUGGAAUCUGCCGAAGGGGCGACGUACUGCAAAUUCAGGCAACUUCGGAAGUUUACCAGGUACUUAUUCAGAAGCUGGAAGGACUAUCUGCCAGGCAACGUAUCCGAAGGACAAGAGGGAGCGGAAAGACCCGAAGGUGAAGAACCGCUGUCCCUUGAACCGGAAUUGGAAUCAAAUUUGUCAAGUCCUGGAAUCGAAGGCGACUCAAAUCCACCCUGAACUUUAUCUAACCAAAGAUUUUGGGAAGCAAAUAUAUUUGCGUGUUAUCAUGGUGCUAAUAAUUCUAGUCUCUUAUCAGUUCACAACUAUAUACAUAUAUACAUUUAACAUUAGUUUGGGAUCAAAUAGCUCCAAGGGAAAUUUAAAAUUUUGCAUUUACCCACAACAUAAUUAAUUAAUGUUUUAGUUUGUAAGUUUCUGUUGGACCAAAUUGACGCAGUUAAAAGACAUUUGUA